AACAAAUCGAAUAGUGAAAUACCCGGUUUUUAACGGACCGGGUAAACUCGGAUCCGAUUUCUAUCGCUCCGUGAUCCUCUGAAUUAGGGUUUCUAUUAUUUUGGGGAGAAAUCAAAACUUUCUUUACUCGCUCCUUCAUUUGACAGUAAAUUGCUGAAGCCAUGGAUGAGCAGAAAUUAGAGAAUCUGAAGAUCCAAUUGCAGCAGUUACAAAAUGAAGCGCACGAAUUUGUGCAGAGUAUCCCGCCAAUGCAGCUCUAUGGUGCCGUCGGAGUAGUCAUUUUCACCAUACUUUUCUUCUUAAUCAUUCGGCUUUUCAAGCGUAGGGCUUCAAAUACUAUUGUGCUCACUGGGUUAAGUGGAAGUGGCAAAACUGUUCUUUUUUACCAGCUUCGGGAUGGCUCCGCCCAUCAGGGUACUGUGACAUCAAUGGAACCAAAUGAAGAAACAUUUGUACUACACUCAGAGACAACUAAGAAGGGAAAAGUGAAGCCUGUUCACAUUGUUGAUGUUCCUGGGCAUUCACGCCUUAGACCCAAACUAGAUGAGUUCUUGCCUCAGGCAGCUGGAAUAGUUUUUGUAGUAGAUGCUGUGGAAUUCUUACCCAAUGUUCGUGCUGCUUCAGAGUACCUCUAUGAUAUUUUGACCAAGGCAAGUGUUGUGAAGAGAAAGAUCCCUUUGCUACUCUUGUGCAACAAGGUAGACAAAGUUACAGCACAUACAAAAGAUUUCAUCAGAAAACAGCUGGAGAAGGAAAUUGACAAGCUCCGUGCAUCAAGAACUGCACUAUCUUCAGCCGAUAUAGCUAAUGAAUACUCACUCGGGGUACCUGGAGAAGCUUUUGCAUUUCAUCAGUGUCUCAACAAAAUUUCAGUCGAGGAGACAUCUGGUUCGACUGGUGACAUCUCUCAGUUAGAGAAGUUUAUCAGAGAAUAUGUUAAAGCUUGACCCGAAUCGUACCAAUUUAGAACUGUAAAAGCAGUUGAAUCUGCAGAGACGAGAGCGAAGUUCAAGAAGGCGAUAUUCUGAUGUAUAAAACUCAUAUUCUCAAUUUUCAGUUACAGAAUAUUUGUGGCAACUGUGUACGAGAAAGAAUUUGAUUAGACAUACAAUUGUAUGAAGAAUGUUCAUUCCUAGCCAA